UUCCAUCCUAACCUGCUGCUGUGUUCUGGUCAGUGUUUUUCCACGGGAACUGAAGGAGGUGUUUGCAUCAUGGAAGCAGCAGUGUCAUGCUCGAGGGAAGCAGGACAUCAGUCAGCGUCUGAUUAGCGCAUCGCUCUUCCUGCGUUUCCUGUGCCCUGCCAUCAUGUCCCCUUCGCUCUUCAGUCUCAUGCAGGAAUACCCAGACGACCGUACCUCUCGAACACUCACCCUCAUUGCCAAAGUCAUCCAGAAUCUCGCUAACUUUGCCAAAUUCGGAAAUAAAGAGGAGUACAUGGCCUUCAUGAAUGACUUCCUGGAGCACGAGUGGGCUGGUAUGACCCGUUUUCUACUCGAAAUCUCGAAUCUUGAGACUAUCUCCAACACCCCGGGCUUUGAGGGCUACAUUGACCUGGGCCGUGAGCUGUCGGUGCUACACUCACUACUGUGGGAGGUGGUGUCUCAGCUGGAUAAGGUACAGAAAUCCCUCCAAACAAUUAUACUGCAACAAUACCUCUUACAACAAAAUCUACCGUAG